AUGAAUGAGUCGAGUACGUUGUUGGCGGUUGUUGGAGAAUCAAAUGUUGAUAUCGUGGUAUUACCUACACCGCAUCUUGAGACCCAGCAGAGUUCUGCAUAUGUUGAUACGACAAGUUAUAGAGUCCAAAUUCCGGGCAAGAUCAGGAAAUGUAUAUGGCAGUCCAUAUGCGCCAACGAUUCAAUGUUUGUUGUGUUGAAUGAUAAUUCUGAAAUUUUUGGAUUUGAUAUUUUGAAGUCAACAAAGAUACCGCAAAUCCGUAUCAAGAUUGAAAAUGAAAAAAUAAACUCAAUAACUUUUGGUUCUAGAAGCAAAAUCGGCGAUGGAUUGAGAAUCUUUGCUAGCACAGAUGAUAAAAUAUUUGCAUUGAAUUUUUACCACAAGGGUACCAAAAUCGCAGUCUCCGAAGGUGCAGUCGAUUUAGCUAUCGUUGAUUCUCAAACGGUUAUCUCGUUGAUAAUAGAUAAAUUUGGUGAUGAUCCUAAAAACUCGUAUCUACUUCGACUGGCUUUGGAACAACUCAAUUUAUAUAAAUCGUUUAAAAAUCAGUUGAGGCAUAAUGUAAGAGAAGUAAGAGGAACGGGCUCUGAUGAGCCAUACGAGUUAUUUAAAGUAGAUUUAAAUUUUUUAAACUCGAGCCAAAUUGAUUAUUCUCCAAAUACAGUAGCAAAUUUUGGAGCCGAUGAUCUAAUAUCGUUUGGAGGCAAUGAACAAGUGACGUUACUCGCAAUGAUAAAAAAUAAUACCAUUUCAUACUUUAUCAAUAUUCUAGAUUGUGGAUUUAUCAAGCACGAGGAACCAGCAGGAGCAAAUUAUACUAAGCCAAAGAAAGGAUUUGGUUUUGUUGAUACUUUUGAUGAAGUCAAUGCAGAAAACAUAUUCUGGGAAAAUGAAUUGUGUGUCCUUGAUUAUUUACAAUCGGACAAACUACCAGCUAAAGGAGGAGGAGGAGGAGGAGCAUGCAUUUUACAAAACAUAAAUAACUGUGAUAACAAGUUUGUUGCCGUGAUUGACUCAGAUAUAGUUGUGGUGGACUGUGCCUGGGUUGAGGAUUUCUUGUCAGAAUUGCAAAAUGAUGUAAAAUAUGAUUUUAGCCCUCACAAAAUCAGACCGACUUAUAACUUGCUUUCGUCAGGAGAUGAUCUUCAAGGUUUUGCGUUUGUUAAUAAAUUUCAACAGGAAAUUGUCAUUGUUGUUAGAGAACAAUUGGAACUUGUGAAAUUAACCACAGAGCCAGAAGAGGAGAAAAAAUUGAUUGCCGCUGGUGAUCAACCCAAGACUAAAGAUUCUUCAAGGAUUGUGCCACAGUCACAACUAGAUACAACCACGCUAUUUACAGAACCUUUUGCUGAAAUUGAAGAAUAUUUACGCAAACUCAAAGUCUCAACUAUUGUUAGCUCCACAAAGGCAACUAAUCUCAAUCCAGCAAUUGAAAACUUGGAAGAACUCAAUAAGAUCUCUCAAGUGACUAAUAGCAUAAUUUCUAACUAUACGGUUUUUGCGGUGAAAUUGCAAUCGCGUGUUAUAACCCAGUUGCAAUCAGUUAAACUUCAAUUUGAACGACUACAAUCUAUUUCCAGUAUAAAGCCCUACAAUGAAAAACACAGUGAUAGAAUUUGCAAGCUCUUUGAGCGACAAAAACAAUUGGAUUUGAAAAUGAAGGUGAUACAAGAUAAAAUUAGUGACCAAUUCUACAAAGCGAAAGAUCUUCCAUUGUCUGUAGCGGAGAAAAAGUACUUUGAGGAGAUUAAUACAUGUAACAAAACGUCGAAAGAGUUGGUUAGGAAAUUGGAUGAGUAUAAGGAGCAAGUGGAAAGAAUUAAUAAAGAAAAAGAAAAACUCAGCACAAACAAGGAAGAAGAAAAGAAAGAAGAAAACGAACAAGUAUUACAAACAUUGCAAUUAGAACAAAAAGUGAAGAGGUUGAUUGUCUGGUUGAAAUCACAGGAUGCAGAUAUUAAUGAUAUGAUGAAGAAGGUAAAGAUUGCUGUGCAAUGA